GUGACCUGCGGCGGCGCCGGGAAGGAGGCCAUGGCCGCCCCCCGCCCCCUCAGGGUGGUGCCGGGCGAAGCCUCCGAAAGUGACUCGGAGCCGGAGCUGCUGGCGGGGGCGGCCGGGGGUGUCCCCGGGGCCGGGCUGAAGGUGCCGGGUGAAGCCUCCGAGACCGAAGAAGAGGAGGAAGAAGAGAAGGAGGAAGAAGAAGGGGGGGGGCAGAGACCGAAGCUCCCUCCGGUGACGGCAGAGGAGCCGGCGGCGAUUUGGGGGGGCGGCCAGGGGGGCCCCUCGCUGCUGCAGCAGCGGCUGUGGGAAGGUUCGGGGCGGUUGCGGGGGGCGGUGGGCAGCGCCUUACGGCAAAGCUACGGCGCUGCCGCCCGGCACCUGGGGGGACUGGGGGGAGCCCUGGGUCGGGCGCAGGCAACCGCCGCCGCCGCUGCUCACUGCCUGCGCCUGGCUCGCCGCGACCUGCGUGCCGUGGCCGCCACCGUCGAUAUCGUCACCGCCUGCCGCCUCCUGCCCGAGAUCCGCGGGGAGCUGCCGGCACUCUGACCGGGACUGGUGGCUUGACAGAACAGCCAGUGCCACCAGGAUCUGGCACGGCGGUCAGUACCAGCAGCAGCGUCGCUGGCUGACAUCAUCUGCCUGGUGUCUGCAGGCAGUUGCCAGCAGCAGCAGUGUCCUCGUGACAUCACCAACAUCCUCAUGGCGUCACUGGCAUCCUUGUGGUGUCACCAAAAUCCUCAUGGCAUCACUGGCAUCAUCGUGGCAUCACUGGCAUCCUUGUGGUGUCACCAAAAUCCUCAUGGCAUCACUGGCAUCAUCGUGGCGUCACUGGCAUCCUCAUGGCAUCACCGGCAUCCAUGCGGCAUUACCAACGUCCUCAUGGCGUCACCAGCACCGUGUCCUCUGCAGCAGGGUGGUCGCCGCCGGCAUUGUCACCUCAGUGUCUUCCCGAGGGUGCGGUCAUGGUGGCUGUGGCACCCCAUGCUGUCCCCAAAGACCUCCACGCCGGGGUGCCAUCAUGACUGGUGUAGCCACGGUGGCACCAAAUGGUGGCUUUGGCACAGAGACCGCCCGCCUGGCCCCCCCAGGACCUCUGCGCUCUGGAGAUGUCAUCACCGGUGGCCUCGUGGCCAGCUGCCACCAUCACCGAACUGCGGCCCCGGCUCAGCUCCAGCCACUCUUGUCCCCAAAUGCCACCAUUUUGUGUGACCCGGAACCGAAUAAAGCCCUGGUGGUGUCACUGCUGCAGUGAG